AUGCAAAUCAAACCCUUGAAGAGAUCGGAUACGACACUCAGCGACGAUACUGAGCUUACCAACAUCACAUACAACGACAAGUAUGUUGUCGUGUAUGACUUUGGAAGCGUCGAUGUCGAUGUCGCCAUUGCGGAGUGCAAGACCUUGUUGCAUGAUCUAGAGGCUGCAGGCCUCAAUACUGAGGUGCGCCCGGGCUAUGAUCAAACAUUGCUGGUAUUUGUGCAAGCGCCUAGAGACCUGCUUGGCAAUACUGUUUACAAGUCCCGAGUCAAAGACUGGCUGUAUGCUAUCACCAAAAAUCAUCCUGGCGGUACUGCAAAGACUGUAGUCAGCGCAGCUUUCGAAGCCGAGGACCUGCUGUCAAUGUAUCACCUCGUCAACUGGCGCAAGGAGCUUGGAGGAGCAGGUAUCACUCCAGGAUUUCCUCCAUGGGAAAAUGUGACUUCCAUCUUCCCAUUACACAACCAAGGUGCGAACCGCGCAUUGCUGGCGCAUCUGAGCACACGUGUGUUUUUGGAACCGGCAGACCUAGAUCGUAUCCGUGAUCUUUGGGGCGCCAAAGUUGCGUUUUACUUCGCCUUCAUUCAGACUUACUUCCGUUCUUUGGCAUUUCCGUGUGCUGCUGGCGUUUUUGCUUGGGCAUUCCUACCAAAAUACUCUCUCCUCUUUGCACUGCUCAUUGGUGUCUGGUGCACAGUGUUCUUGGAGUAUUGGAAGAUUAAGCAAACCGACCUUGCUAUCCGAUGGAACACACGAGGAGUAGGUGAUCUCAAGGUGAACCGCCCACAAUUCCGUUACGAGCAAGAGAUUAUCGAUUCAGCCGGGAGGGUACGACAUGUAUUUCCGAGGUGGAAGAGGAUUGUGCGGCAGCUCGUCGUCGUACCAUUCGUCCUCAUUAGUGCUUUAUUCCUUGGAAUUCUUAUCGCUUUUGUCUUCACUAUUGAGACAUUUAUCGGCGAGGCAUACGAAGGUCCCUACAAGUUCUAUUUGGAAUACUUGCCUACUGUUCUUCUCGCCGUUUUCCUACCAUAUGCGACGAACUUCCUGGAAGACAUUGCUACUGCAUUGACAGAAUACGAGAACCAUCGAACAGCUGAUCAUUACGAGAUGUCGCUGACACAGAAGAUCUUUGUGCUCAACUCGAUCACAAAUUACUUGCCAAUACUUCUCACGGCAUUUGUCUACGUACCUUUCAGCGGAAAAGUUGUACCGUUAUUGCAGAACGUUAUCGAUGCGACACUAGGCGCGCAAAACAGGUCGAAGACAGUAUUCAAAGCUGAUCCUGACCGGUUGCGCAAUGAAGUCAUAGCACUCACCGUUACUGGACAGGUGUCAGGCGCAAUAGAGGAACUUGCACUGCCCUGGUUGAAGACGCAAUUAAAGCAAUGGUGGCGCGACCGACAAGCUAAAAGAGCGCAUAACCGGAGCAGCGACUCAUACGUAGGACCAAUGGAAGAAGAUCCUGCGGAGUCUCGUUUUCUGCGCCGCACAAGGAGGCAAGCGUUGAGGCCACCAUACAAUGUACAGGAAGACAUUGCAGAAAUGGUCAUCCAGUUUGGCUACCUUGCACUCUUUAGCCCCGUGUGGCCUCUGGUACCGAUUGGCUUUUUUAUCAACAACUGGAUCGAGUUACGGUCCGACUUUCUGAAGAUCUGCGUUGAACAUCAGCGUCCUCACGCGACACGUAGCGACGGCAUCGGACCAUGGGUAGCUAGUCUAGAGUCAUUGACAUGGCUGGGCAGUAUUAGCAGUGCUGCUAUCGUUCACAUGUUCGGUACCCAGCGAUUCCUUGGCGAGUAUCUUGGCUUAAGUACAUGGGCUAGUCUACCAGUCACCAUCCUUAUUUCGGAGCAUAUCUUUAUGGGUUUUAGAGCUGCUGUACGAUUCGCGUUAUCCAGGAUUGGCUCCGAGCAAACACGGAAGGAGAGAGCUGAACGGUAUGCGAGGAGAAAGAAGCACCUGGAUGAGCUUGAGGCAACCGCAGAGAAGAAGUCACAUCUUGAUGUGGCUGAGCGGGAGAGGCGAAAGAGUGUUCGCAUCAACGCAGCCGACAUCUUCUGGACCAAGCAGGCGGAUACGGGUGCAAGCGCGGACACCGGCGUUAGUAUCAUCAAGGCGUUGAAGACCGCGCAGCAGGAGAGCAUCCUCACUGGGCGAGAAAACAAGAUGGACUGA